GAAAGGUGUACAUAGGUACAUAUAUCUCAUUGCACUAAUAUGAAAACGGACUAGUCUGAUUGAAAUCCGAGAAUCGGCCAGACGCCAGGGAACAUCAACACCAAAAUUUCCCCCACGACGUUCCAACUGCCCGACUGUCGCAUUGCAACACACAACACCCCUCCAAUGGCUGCACGAACUCUUAGAAUAGGUCUCAUUCCUGGCGAUGGAAUUGGCCGUGAGGUCAUACCCGCCGGCCGUCGUGUGCUGGAAGCCCUCCCUACCUCUUUGGGCUUGAAGUUCAGCUUCACACACCUCGAUGCUGGUUUCGAGACGUUUCAGAAGCAAGGUGUUGCGUUGCCAGACAAGACUGUCGAUGUUCUCAAGAGCGACUGCGAUGGUGCGCUUUUCGGAGCUGUCUCCUCCCCUACUGUCGCAACUAAAGGCUACUCGUCUCCCAUUGUCGCUCUACGAAAGCGCCUCUCGCUGUACGCCAACGUUCGUCCCGUAAAGUCCACUCGCUCCGCCGCCCGCCCCGUCGACCUCGUCAUCGUCCGUGAGAACACCGAGGAUCUCUACGUUAAGGAGGAGAAGACCUACAAUGCGCCAGAUGGCUCCAAGAUCGCCGAGGCCAUCAAGCGUAUUUCAGAGACAGCUUCGUUCAAUAUCUCCGCCAUGGCUGGCGACAUUGCUCUGAGGAGACAGAGGGUUAGGGACGGUGGCGUGGACAGCAUUCACUCCCGUCCUCUCGUCACCAUCACACACAAGAGUAACGUCCUCUCACAAACCGACGGUCUGUUCCGUGAAACUGCAAGGAAGGCACUGGGACUCGACAAGUACCAGAUGGUUGGGGUUGAGGAGCAAAUCGUCGACUCGAUGGUCUACAAGCUGUUCCGCCAGCCGCAGGACUAUGAUGUUAUCGUUGCACCAAAUCUUUAUGGAGACAUCUUGUCUGACGGUGCUGCCGCACUCGUCGGCUCUCUCGGCCUCGUCCCCUCCGCCAAUGUUGGAAGGGACUUUGUCAUCGGCGAGCCAUGCCACGGCUCAGCCCCCGACAUUGAGGGCCAGAACAUCGCCAAUCCUAUUGCCACCAUCCGAUCUACUGCCCUCAUGCUCGAGUUUCAGGGCGAGGAGCAGGCUGCCGCCAAGAUCUAUGCCGCCGUUGACGCAAAUCUUGAAGAAGGCAAACUUCUCACCCCCGACAUGGGUGGAAAGGCCACCACCACCGAGGUCAUUGAUGAUGUCUGCAGUAGGUUGUAGCUGAUAGGUUGGGCAUAGUUAACAUCUAUGUACGGUGCGAUCGAUACCAUUGAGAAGUCAAUCGACUCUACAAGUUGGGAUCCCAUCUUGGAUUAGGUGAAAAGAAUGCAAUGCCUGCAUUCAAAAGAUCUCGCCCAUGAUUUACACUCCAGUGAUGCUCUCUGCGUGCGUCUGUGCAUGUCCUCCGAUGCCUUGUCUAUACCAUGUGCCCAGUGGAAACAUCUACGGCUGACAUGCCUCUAAUACUUAGACGUUCCCUUAGUCCAGAUCGGCAUCGCUAGCCUUCCCCUCCUUUCCGUGAACCAUCUCGAACUUCUCCUCGGCAGAUUGGGCUCCAUCUUCCUCCGCUUCUACGGUCGGUAGCAGCUGGAUGACGACUACGAAGAGCUCGGUGUUCGUCUCUUUGUUCUUCAACACAUAUCUGAGUGUGUGAGUACUGACCAGUUAGACU